AUGACCAUCCGCCGUCUCCUCACUUCCCUCGCAUCUCACCCCCCCUCGCCCCCCUCCACCUCAGCACCCGCCGUAUCCCGCCUCAUUCCCCCAUACCACCACACUCACAACCCCGCCACACCUCCCACCCUCCGACCGCCAUACUCUUACUCUGCCUCCCAUCCCCAGGCAUUGCCUAGUGGGCAAAAUGGCAAGGGAAGGACUUUGAAGGCGAGGGUGAACUAUGAGGUUGUGAAGCAGCAGCAGCAAGAAGUAGGCGUUGAUGGGUGGACUGCUUGGGCUGAAGGGGUGUUGACAGAUGAGACAAAGAGGGCGGAGGUGGAGAGACUCUGGGCCGAGACUUUGGUCGGUUUGGAGAAUGUCAAGGUUUCUGGUAACCAAAUCCCUCAAAUCACAUUCCACUCCCUCGCCUCCCACCUCUCUUCCCCCUCCACCAUCGACGCCAUCCGCCAGACUGGUUCUGUCGUAAUCCGCGACGUCGUCCCCGAUGCUCAAGCUAUCAACUGGGCCAAAGAAGUGUUGCAGGGUAUCGAAGAUGUUGAUGGUCGUAGUAUCUACUGGCACCCCGCCCUGCUCUCUGCCCGCGCAGACCCCUCAAUCAUCUCCGCCACCGCCCAAAUCUCCCGCUCCCUCCUGCCCACCGAAGAGAUCUAUCUCAAAGCAGACACCGUGCGCGAAGGUCUCUCUCCCCUGCCCACUCGGCUUGCUCCUGCGUCUAAUGGCAAUCCUUGGGGGGCGGACCGCGCUCUGGGAGCCAGUUUGGCAUUGACCCCCACUCUGGGAGCAGCGGCAGCAGGCGGAAUGGGGCUGGAGAUGAGGGUCCCGCCGACAGUCCACGCUGCGACCUACACCCUCCUCCGUCCGCUCUUCCGUCCUCACAAAUCAAAGAUCUCAUUCUACAACGCCAACGACUAUCUCAAGGCAGACAACUGGUUCCUCUCCUCGCCUUCUUCCACUUCCAUCUCUUCUUUGCCAGGACACGAUCUCCCUCAUCUCAAGGGGACGGAAGUGUCCCUCCCACCACUCUUCCCAGGCGACCUCAUCCUGCACCACACUGCCCUUCCCUUCUUCCCCUCGUCUCCCUUGGCGCAGGCGCAGGCGAGCGGGCAGAUCUUUUUACCCCUCAACCCUGUUGAAAAGCUCGCCAAGGGCAGUACAGAGUGGGUCACAAAGCAGAGGGAAGCGUUCGAGCACGGUCUGCCUCCUCCCGACGCCAGCGCCAGUUUCGUUGUUGAUGGCGAGGGCUUGUCUGUGAAGGAAGCCAUGGGUGAGAAGACUGAUAUUCCCAGUAGAGCUGGGAGAGAGGUCAUGGGGUACUAA